UCCUCCAACUCCCUUCCAUCCCCCAAAACGACCAUCAUGUCUCUCCUCAACCAUUCUUCCCAUGUUUUCAUUAUCCUUUCUAUCUCGUUGUUCGGUUUUUUAACAACACUGUCAUCGGCUCUGGACAUGUCCAUCAUCAACUAUGAUCUUGACCAUGUUCGGGGACACCAGACGACGACCGAGGUCAAGAUGUUGAGGAUUUACGAGAUGUGGUUAGUGAAACAUGGCAAGAAUUACAAUGCCUUGGGGGAGAAGGAAAAACGGUUCGAGAUCUUUAAGGAUAAUCUCAACUUUGUCAUUGAACAUAACUCGGUUAAACGCACCUACAAGGUUGGUCUCAACAAGUUUGCGGAUUUGACCAAUGAGGAAUACAAAGCUAUGUAUUUGGGCACAAGGGUGGACCUGAAAACCCGAUCGUAUAGACAUGCAGGUAAGGUGAAGAGCAACAAGUAUGCGUUUCGGGUUGGCGAUGAUUUACCUGAGUCCGUUGAUUGGAGGGAGAAAGGUGCCGUCGGGGCCGUCAAGGAUCAAGGCCAAUGUGGGAGUUGCUGGGCAUUUUCAACUGUGGCUGCAGUAGAAGGGAUAAACAAGAUUGUAACCAAUGAUCUCGUCUCAUUGUCGGAGCAGGAGCUGGUGGACUGUGAUAAUUUGUAUAACCAGGGAUGCAAUGGGGGUCUCAUGGACCAAGCCUUUGAGUUUAUUAUUAACAAUGGUGGUAUCAACACCGAAGAGGAAUACCCUUACCGUGCUUCAGAUAACAUAUGUGAUGAAAAUAGGAAAAAUGCCCGUGUUGUUUCCAUCGACGGAUACGAAGAUGUCCCCGAAAACAAUGAGAAUUCUUUGAAGAAGGCUGUUGCAAAUCAACCUGUUAGUGUUGCCAUUGAAGCUGGUGGCAGGGCCUUUCAACUUUACCAAUCGGGUGUAUUUACCGGUCAGUGUGGAACAAAUCUCGACCACGGUGUUGUUGCUGUCGGAUAUGGCACUAAAGGUGGUGUAGAUUAUUGGAUAGUGAGGAAUUCAUGGGGUCCUAACUGGGGGGAGAACGGAUACAUCAAGAUGGAGCGUAACAUUGCAGGCGCCUCCACCGGAAAGUGUGGUAUUGCAAUGAUGGCAUCAUACCCCAUCAAAAACGGACCAAACCCGCCUAAACCUUCCCCAUCUCCCCCUGCUCCUGUUAGACCUGCAACCGUUUGUGAUGCGUAUUACACAUGUCGUCAAGGAACCACUUGCUGCUGCUUAUUUGAGUACGCUAAUUACUGCUUUGGCUGGGGAUGCUGCCCGAUGGAGUCCGCGACAUGCUGCGAUGAUCACUACAGCUGCUGCCCGAUAGAGUAUCCCGUAUGUGACCUCCCAGCCGGAACUUGUCGUCUGAGCAAGGACAGUCCAUUGGGAGUAAAGCUAUUGAAGCGAAUUCCGGCUACGAGUACUGGGCAACGAACCAGGACAAUUAUUGUCGCCAGUGGUUGAGAAAGCAAUGAAUUACCUCCCUCCCUGGGUCAUGGAGGAGAAGCUAAGAAAGUGUGCAAUGGAUGAAAAUAUUUUUUUUACUGAUUAAUGACCCAAAUGUACUUUUAUUUAUAC